GUGAUUUUUCUCCUUAUGCUGGCAUACUUACUCAUUACGGUCUUUGUCACAUCACCAUCUAAUACAAGCUGGAUUGUCCCAAAGCCAAAGCCAUUUAAGCUUCCAUUUCUGACGUCCCAGCAGAGCAUCACUCCCCUCACCAACACCAAACACUUUUUGGUAUCAGCUUUCAUGGAUCAGAGAAGGAAGGGUUUUGACGUCCGCAUCAUUGGAAUAUUCAGGAGAGAUUCCAUCCAUCCUCUUCACUGCAUUUUCUUCUGUGGUGGAUUGUUCAGUGAAACCACGCCCGCUUCUUUUCUAUCACACUUUGCUCACUUUGGUUAUCCCUUUGGACCUGUAGAUGUUCUGUGUAGCAUACCUGAAAGCUGUAAAGCAACUCAUGUGACUCUUCUGACCAAACAAAAUCCUGUUAAUAUAUCUGACCAACUUUGGCUGCCAAUAAGAAACAGAAAGACCCACAACAAGGAGACCAGAAUGAACUUCACUGUCUGCAUUUCUACCCUCUUUGGAGAUUACAACAAUGUGCUUCAGUUUACACAAAGUCUGGAGAUGUACAAGUUGCUUGGUGUGAACAGAGUGGUGAUCUACAACAACAGCUGUGGUCCUGAACUUACGCGUCUCCUAAAUGGUUACAGUCAGGAAGGUUUUGUUGAAAUUAUACAAUGGCCCAUCAACAAGUACCUCAAUCCAUCCAGAGGCUGGAGAGUUCGAGUACAUAAAGGAGACCUGCAGUAUUUUGGUCAGAUCGUCACCCUCAAUGAGUGCAUCUAUAGAUCCAUGGAGCGUUCACGCUACGUCCUGCUGAAUGAUAUAGAUGAGAUCAUAAUGCCAUACCAACACGACAACCUGAACUCUAUGAUGGAAGCACUGCAACCAAAAUAUUCAAAAGUAGCAGAGUUCCGCCUUGAAAGCCACGUCUUUCCCAAUAAAUAUUUUGAGCCAAGUGGAAGAUUUCAUCUUCCUCAAUGGAGCAAUGUGUCAGGAACUAACAUUCUGGAGCACAUCUACAGAGAAGACCCAGACAGGAAGAAGUUCCUUCAUUACAAGAUGAUAGUUCAGCCAAAGUUGGUGCAGCAGACCUCUGUGCAUGAAGUGCUCAGGAAAUUUGGAGGAAGGUAUAAAGUUCCAUGGAAGCUUUGUCGCUUUAUUCAUAUUCAUGUAGCCCGACGUACAUCGUUAAAGCUGGAGCAGCUGAAUGAGGACAAACGACUGUGGGACUUCCAGGAAAAACUGAUUCCCAAUGUGGACAAGGCGCUGAAGAGAGCAGGACUGCUGACAGAGAAUUAGACACUCUGGAGCAUGGCUUUAGCUGUUGGAUUACCCCUCUCUGAACAGCAAAAGGGGAAGCU